AUGAUUUCUGCCCAACAUUGGACAUGGGCUUUUAAGCCAGCUGCUCUUAUAGUUUUAUUGGUUGUUCUGGUGUUCAAUAUCCAGCCUGUGCAAGCGACGAUUCCUACGUCCCAGCGCUUUGAUCUGUCAAAGCCAUCAUACGACGUCUUCCGUGGCAAGUCCCUGCAUGAUGUGACUGUCCAGCAAGGCUUCGCAUUUGACAAUACCAAUCGCCGACUUUUUGUCACCCAGCGACGCGAUGGUUCCUCCGAGACUUCAGGUGACCUAUGCAUUACCCAACUUGACUUUAACGGCGACUACGUGGGACACAUGCAUUUAAAGAGUUUUGGUCACGGCGUCUCCUUCGGUGUUCAAGCAGUCGGCUCAUCAUCCUACCUAUGGACAGAAGUAGAGGCCAAUUCGAAUGGAUAUGGCAAGAAACUUGCUCGGUUCAAGUUCGUUAGCGGAACUACGCUCUCGUCAUCGUCCUCGUCGCUUAAGAAAUUCGCCCCUAUUACUAGUGCUACAGAGCAUACCUGCUCCAUUGAUCCUGCGAGCAACCGUCUCAUUGUCCGCGCCAACCUCAGUGACGGUAAACACAUUUAUGUGUUCAACUUGGAUGAGGCAACGGAUGGGGAUUUCUCUAAGCCUCUCGCGAAUUUCAAGCAUCCUUCGUUGGAUACAGCAUCGGAUACAUUCCAGGGGUAUGCGGCGUAUGGCCAGUAUAUCUAUCUCUUAUACGGCAACUCGUAUGAUGUGACCGACGGUAAGGUCAAUUCGGAUGUGACCGCGGUCAACAUGAAUACUGGAUCUGUCGUCCAAGGUCCCCUCAUUACAAAAGCUGGAUCAACACUAUCGUUCCGUGAACCUGAAGGACUGGCCAUUUAUAAGACUGCGGCCGGGGAAGUUCGUCUAUUCUUGGGAUUUGCCUCGGGGAAAAGUGGUGACCGGCGAUCGAAUAUAUUCUACAAGAAUGCUUUGGUUUAG